CUAGCUACUCCCGUUAAUGCCGUCCAAUCAAGAGUUGGCGGUAUGCGGACAAAUGACUAAAUUACCCAUAUCUUUGAAAACCGGUUAUCGUUCCCUGCUGCGUUAGAGAUAGCGAGCUAGACCACGUUGCUCCCGCGGGAGCAUGUGGUCUUUAGAGAGAGAGACAGAGAGCUUGUGUCUCAAAAUCUCAGUGGGAGAGGUUUCCAUUGCCACAGACAGAGAGAGAGAGGUUUAGGCUUGCAUCAAGGGGUAGAUUGCUUGUGAUUUGCACUGUCAGAUUACCAUUCUGUAAAGACCAUUAAAGUUUUCCAAGCCAGAGAGUGAGGGAAUUUAGUAGAGAGAGAGGAAAUUUGAUUGAGAUAGAAUUUGGGUUCUUUCAACUAUGGCUUCCACAGCGUUACCUCUCAACCCAACCCAUCUCUCUUCUCCUGGCACUCAAAUUUCAGACUCGCCAUCACCACCAUCUCUCUCUCUCCUCUCUAGGUGUGCCACCCUCUCCCAACUCAAGCAAAUCCAAGCCAACACCAUCAAAACCCACCUCCAAAACCACGCCCCCACCCUCUCUAAACUCGCCAGUUUCUGUUCUCUCUCUCUACCUGAACACAUCGAAUAUGCCCAACAAUUGUUCGAUCAAAUCCCAGAACCUAACACUGUCCUCUUCAACACUCUCAUUCGAUCCUAUUCUCGUAGCCACACCCCAAUUCAAGCAAUCAAUCUCUUUGUCAAGAUGCUUACCAAUAACAUUCAACCCGAUAACUAUACAUUCCCUUCAAUUCUCAAGGCUUGUGCAAUGGCUUCAGCUCUCGAAGAAGGCCGAGCUUUGCAUUGCCAUUGCAUAAAGCUCGAGCUUGAUUCGAACAUCUUUGUUCAGCCAACACUCAUACGAAUGUACGCUGAUUGCGGUGCCAUUGAAUCAGCUCAGAAGGUUUUCAAUGCCACAAUGAAAGGGAGGAGUGUGGUCUUAUAUAAUUCGAUGAUCACUGCUUAUGUUCAACGUAGUCGGCCUAAUGAGGCCUUGGCCCUAUUUAGAGAAAUGCAAGCACACAAUACACCACCAAACGAUGUAACAGUUCUUAGCGUGCUCUCCGCUUGCUCUCUACUCGGGGCUGUGGAUUUGGGGAAGUGGGUUCAUGAAUUUGUGAAGAAGAAUGGACUCGAUAUGUUUGUUAAGGUGAACACUGCACUCAUAGAUAUGUAUGCAAAGUGUGGGAGCAUAGAAGAUGCAAAAAUGGUUUUCGAAAAGAUGCCUUUUAGAGAUACGCAGGCUUGGUCUGCCAUGAUUGUUGCAUUUGCAAUACACGGACAAGGAGAGGAUGCACUCACUUUGUUUAGAAAGAUGGAGACUGAGAGAAUCAAACCUGACGAUAUCACAUUCCUUGGUGUUUUGUAUGCUUGUAGCCACACUGGUUUGAUAGACGAGGGGCGAAGGUACUUUGAAAGUAUGAAACGCGUGUAUGGGGUUACAGCAGGAAUAAAGCACUAUGGUUGCAUGGUAGACCUACUCGGUCGAGCAGGUCUCCUAAAUGAGGCCUAUAGUUUCAUCAAAAGCCUCCCGAUCAAGCCAACCCCCAUAUUAUGGCGCACCCUCUUAGCCGCCUGUGGUGUCCAAGGCAAUGUAGAAUUAGGCAAGAGAGUAGCAGAGCAUAUAUUUGAGCACGACCAGGAGCAUGGUGGGGACUAUGUUAUCCUCUCCAAUAUGUGUGCCCAAGCUGGGAAAUGGGACGAUGUGAAUUCAAUUCGUAAACUCAUGUUUGAACGUGGGGUUACGAAAGUACCUGGCUGUAGCUCAAUUGAGGUUGAUAAUGUGGUUCAUGAGUUCUUCUCAGGAGAUGGGAACCACCCUCUAGCUAUGGAGCUACAUAGCAUACUUGAUGAGCUCAUGAAACAGCUUAAGCUUGGUGGUUAUAUACCUCAAACUUCAUUGGUUUUUCAUGUCAAUAUGGGCGAAGAAGAGAAAGAAGCGACACUUCGAUACCAUAGUGAGAAACUGGCCAUGGCUUUUGGGCUCAUAAACACGGCCCCGGGUAGCACCAUGCGCAUUGUGAAGAACCUCAGGGUGUGUGCAGAUUGUCACAGCGUAGCGAAGCUCGUUUCGAAGAUUUUUGAUAGAGAGAUAAUAUUGCGGGAUUUGCAUCGUUUCCACUACUUUAGAGGUGGGUCGUGCUCGUGUGGUGAUUAUUGGUAAAUAAAUUAAGAGGAAAUUAUUGUUAAAUUCUUGAUAUCUUGGGACUUAAAAAAGACCUCUCCAGGAUCUGAGAAUUUUAACUUCUUGGUGGGUUUCACUCUUUGUAAUUUAGUGAUAUUCUCCUCGAUGCACAUGUAUAUUCCAAUUGAUUAGAAAUGUCUGUAUAAAACCAUUGUUUUGUUCUAUGUAACCUUGUCCUUUUUAUUUUG